CCAUGGGCUGCCGGGGCCGCGCGCUUGCUGCCUCCCUGCUCCCGGCACGUGGCUGCCUUGGAACCCGGGGCCACCCGCAGGCCCUUCAGCACUGCGGAGCUCAAGGAGAAACCUGACAUGUCUAGAUUUCCUGCUGAAGAUAUUAGAAAUUUCAGUAUCAUUGCACAUGUGGAUCAUGGCAAAAGCACUUUAGCUGACAGGCUUCUCGAACUAACAGGAACAAUUGAUAAGACAAAGAAAAAUCAGCAGGUUCUUGAUAAAUUACAAGUGGAACGAGAAAGAGGCAUCACCGUGAAAGCACAAACAGCAACUUUGUUUUAUAGUUUUAAAGGAAAGCAGUACCUUUUAAACCUCAUUGACACACCAGUAAGUUUCAUAUUGACCUCUCAAAGAUUGCUAAGUUAGUUUUAUUGAUAUUAC